AUUAACUAACAAAAGGUGCAAACUAUAAACCGGUAUGUUUUUUCUAUUUCGGUAUAAACAUUUAAUAUCCGACUUCUAUGCUUCUACCAAGGCUUCUACUAGCAAACAGACGAAGUGGGCGCAGAUGCGUAAGGAAAUAGAAAGGAAACACAAAUACAUACAAUCUAAAUUCGAUAAUAAGGCGGUGUUAGAAAAGUCAAUAAGUAAUAUAAAAAACAAUUACCGUAAUAAAAAAUUAUUUAAAAUGUAUUUCGGAAUCUUUGAAAUUAAAAGGCGGGCAUGCAUUUCAAUGGUGUAAACUGAUUGGAUUAAACUGCCCUUUCAAAAAGUAAAUAGUUUUAAAAUAGAGAUGACAGGAAAGUCGUGAUGUUUAUUUUAGAUGAUCUCAUAACACAUUCAGGAAAUAAGUUGUGGUAAUGAAAGUAUAUUUCUCCGAAACCAAAUGGCUAUUCUCGAUACUUACUAUCGACUUAUAGAGAAAAAACCAGAACGAGUUUCUAAAAUAUGGCAAGAAAUUCACGUACUACUUUUUAUAAUUGGCGGAGUAAGUAGUUUUAGUUCUGCGUAUACAUUUUCUGGUCUAAUUAAUUUAUUUGAUGGAAAUUGCCCUAUUGAUGUGAAAUUAAUUAUUGAUAAUUCUACUACAAAUAUCACUUCUAUAGGAAGAAAGAAGUCUUACGAUGUAGAAUUGCCCGUAAAAAAUGCUGAAAUUGAGUGGCCCAUCCGUGAAACUUGGUGUAAUUUUUGCACCACUGCAUUUGUAUUAUCAUUUAUUUAUUGCGCUUUUUGGAUUACAUUAUUUAUGCUAUGCCCUAAAGGAGGUGGAGGACAUAAAGUUGGAAUACUGCAACAAGCAUGGAAAAUUGUAUUCCCAACGUUAAUAUUCUCAUUACUGUUUAUUAUUAUAAUGUUAAUAGCCCUUUUUAAAGUAAAAAAUGGCCUUUAUAGUUUUUGCUACCAGCUUGCUGCAUCGCUGUUAUAUGAGGAAUGUUCAUCUCAAAUAGACAUAUAUUCAUUGUCGUUUAGCCAAAAGGAGCAAUCAAUUUUUCUUUAUAUACAAAUAUGCAUUUACUCUGCCUACGUUUCCUGCCUUUGCUGGAUUGCCCAGAUGAUCAUGCUUAUUAUAAGAAUUUUAUUUGUUGUCGACUUUACAGUUUUAAAAAUUUCUUUAAUAGAAGGGGGUGACAAACACGAUCAACAGAAAGUCGAUAGGAAUUCUCCGGAAUUGAAACCCUUAACUUCACCGGAAGGAGUUCAAAUUUUUCAAAAGAAAUGCCCUUCACAAAUGGAACAAGGUACAAAAUUGUAUCAAAUUCACAGCAGCAGUGUUUCGUUAGAAUCAGAGGAAGAUACACUUGAGUCACGAGUUUAAAAAAGUAUGGUGACUUUUGUUAAGCAAUUUUGAUUAGGUAUGAUAUUGUUAUCUGCUUUUUAUUUGCUUAAACAAUUUAGUAAUCUAUUUCAGUCAUAAAACAUCAUUUAAUAUUAGAAAAUAACGAUAAAAUAUUGCUUCUUCGUGGAACUUAAAAUUGCUAAACAUAUUCAUGAACCAUAAAUACAUCCCUAUUGACUUAACCGUCCUUUGGUGUACUUACUACUAAUGUUAUUUCUCUUUUUAAUAUUUAAUUUUAUAUAGGUAUGCCACAUGUACCUGUGACUGGUAUUAAGUAUACUAUUACUGAAAUAUUUUUUCGCUAAGAAAAAUUCUACCUCACUCUUGAAACUGCCAUCGUUGAGUUUUGUCUUUUAUGCACUAAUUAUAGGAAAUUUCGUUAAUGAUUCUUUCCUUUUUUUGCGCCUAACCUGUACGGUUUUCAAUUAUGUAGUAGUAAAUCUCUUUUAUCAAGCAUAAAAACCCACAAAAUUACAAUACAGUCAAAUGUAGCAUUUCAAUAUCUGAUUAUAUGUAUUUUAUAGUACAAAACACAAACAGUAUUUCCAUACUUAUUAACAUUUCCAAUUCAAAUUGUAUUUUUUAUGUACAUGCGCUCAAACACUGAUGUUUGCUCUUAUAAAUCAGACAAUAUUAAAAACGCAUAUAGCGACCAAUAUUUUAGAACAUGCUUUAUAUCUGUGCAUUUAAAAUGUAACUAUUUAUAAAUUAUUUGCGUAAAGCAUAACACUUUUUACUAUGUAAAAAAAGCCUUAAUGUGGGUAUAUGUUACGAGAAUAAAAUAUUUUAAGCUAACUUGCCUGAUUUAUUAACUUUAAUUAAGAUUAACGGUAUGUUACAAAUUAACAUUUUUUGUAAGUAUAUAUAAACCAAACAAGAAACUUAACAUCGACAUUAUAUAAAUAAUACUGAAGUUUUAUGUAUGAUAAAUAUGUAAGUUGCUACUCAUCAUAAACGUACUUUCGGUUUAUAGAACUAAUAAAAUUUAGAAAAUUUUACCUUCAAAAUGCAUAAAUCAAUAAAUUAUUAAAAAAAUUGUAAAUAUGUAUAUUGAUAAAUAAAUAACAUUGACUAGAUCAUAAUUUCAUAUUGGACUUUUGUCAACGCAAACUUUUAAGCAUUUCAAAAAAAAAGGAAUUCUCAACAGCAUACAAUAGCAUUUAUGAAUUUCUUAAAGUACUACGAUAAGAUUAAUGGAACAGCUGCUUAUACUAUGAACACUGGUGACAGACUAUUAUUAUUUAUCAGAUCAUAUGUAAAAUAAUGGCAGGCGAAAUUUCAUAUUAUUUGGUUUGUUCUUUAGUUGAAAUAUCAAGUAAGAAUAUAAGAUUUCUGAAGGAAAUGGUCUUGCAUUAGAAUAAAUUAAACAAUAAAAGGACCUUUAGCAGAUCAGUCUGAUAAAAUGUAAAAAGCAGCAAUCACGAUCUGACUGCCCCGCAUCCUUGCAAAUACUACAUUUUUACUGUAAAAUGGUCGCAUGUGUAAAUGGUAAACGCAAGUCUUUUUACAUCCCAUUAUCAUCACAACAACUAAGUAUUUAUCCGCAGAUUGCUUUAUGUCCCCUACAAGCUCACAUUAUGAUCUUUCUAAAACCAUAAGUGGUUGUAAUAUCUCAACCUAUUUUCAACGUGAUUCGAUUAAGAAAGUCAAUAUAUAAGUUCCCAUUGAACUGUAGACCAUAAUCCCAUCCAUAUAAAACUCAAAAUUAAGUGCAUAAUAAUCAGUUUAAAGUGUAAUUCAAUUCACCACAAGGCGGUACAUAUACACCUACAAAUCACUUCAUGUAGGGAUCUUGGUAGUCUCCCUUAUAAAAGUAAUGUACUAUUUUUGAAACAGUAAGUGCACUUUUUCUAAAUGCUUAUAACAAGUAAGUGUAAAGCUGUAGUUUUCAACAGUCAAAAUAAUAGAUUGUUUGUCAUAUGUGAUACUGUUCUAAAGCAAUAAAUUAUCUUUUUUUUACUUAAAAAUUACAGAAAACGUAAACAACCACAUUAAAUUUUGAAUGUACAUAUUAAGUUACAAAUAAGUUGCAGAAUUUUCUCUUCAUUUUCAAAGUUUAUAUUGAAAUGUAAUUUUCAUUUACGAAAACAGAUCGAUUAACUACCCCUCUAAAUAAACCGCCAAAGGCCUAUAGGGGGAACCUUUUUAUAUUAAAAAGUCAGAAGUCAAAUC